AUGGCCGUCUCGACAAACCUAUACACCCCGACCGAGGACCUGAUUUUAGCAAAUCCUCGCCGACGCUUUGAGACCGGGUUACGAUCGCUCAUUGGUACCGAUGGCCAACACUUCGUCUACUUCCCGGUACCAGGGAGCGACAACCGGAGUUGCUCGAUCCAGAGGUUAAACGCCAAAACCCGAGAAACCGAAACGAUCAAACGAUUACAUUUUAACCCGAGGUGUCUAGUGGCACGGAAUGGCUGGGUUUGCUGCGGAGGCGAGUCGGGCUUAUUCAGUGCAUUCCGGGUGGACGACCGGAAUCCGCGGGACGGAGCCGAGAGGAGACCCGACCUGCAAGCCGACGACCGCCUUCCACUCUCUCUCGACCUUUUGGACGCCACUUCGUCGGCACUCGCAGAAACCCGAGCUGAAAAGAACCUGGUGGCGCAAAGUACUGGUUUUGGAAAGGAUCGGGUGAACUGCAUUACCCUCUGGUUUCCCCCGACUGUGGUCGAGCCAUCGGAAGGGGCGUACGACCAGGAUGUUGCGGUUCUGGCCCACAACGACAGCUCAGUCGUUGUGGUGAGUCUUCGGGACCAGAAGGUUUUGGAUAAGAUCACAUACCCGGAUUACAUGAACCGAGGCGUCAUCUCUCCCGACGGGCGGCUUCUCGUCGCUAUUAGCGACGACCCGUACUUGUACAUCCACGAAAGGAAAGAGAAGCGGCCUGAAAACGGCACAACAACCCGGGCCACCGGUCGCCCUGUGGGGAGUUUUGCGGCAUGCUUCUCUAGCACGGGUCAAUACCUCGCCGUGGGUACCCAGUACGGGACCAUCUCGAUAUUCAACGUCGCUGCCCUCACCGUGUCGAAAGCAAAUGCGUUGAUGACGGCGUUCAGUGCCUCCCGACCGAAUGCGGAAUUUGGCGCUGUGAGAGACAUGGCAUUUUCUCCUGGCCCAGUUGAUCUCCUAGCCUGGACUGAGGACCGCGGCCGUGUGGGCGUCGCCGAUAUCCGUACCGGCUUCGACUCUCGGCAGAUCCUCUAUCUCGACAAGGACAAUGAUUUCGAGGGCCUGACUGUUAUCGACCGGGGGACUAUUGAUCCCCGACUCCUGGAACAGCGGACUGACCGAAAUGAGUAUUCAUUGGAAGGCUUUUCGGCCGCAGCAGGUUCCAAUGCAGAAAAUCAGGCAUCUCGCUCAGAAGACCAAGCAAUCUUAUCACGAUACAACAUCCCUCUAACCGCGGAAGAGACGGGUGUUUUGGAGGCGAUUCAAGAUUUCCGCCGACGACAGGAUCAGUACGGCGCAGCGGGCAAUCGAACAAAUACAGAAAACAAUGGCAGUAACACCAACAAUAACCCCAGCAACAACACUAGCAACAACCCCAGUAACAACAGCGGCGCCGCUGGUGGGUCGGCCACUAGCUCAAGGCCACCUCCAUGGGCAGAAAGAUCGGGGCGGGCGGCGGAAAACGCGCGUGGGGAGCGUACAGCGAGCGUGUCGCGCACCGUCAUCGAGAUCUUGGAAAACAUUCGGGACCAGAGAGAGCGGAUUCGGGAUACGCAUGAGCGUCUGCGGACGCGGGAGGACAACACUGCUGAGAGACGCCGGUAUGCAGCCAGCCCCCUUUCUGGACUUAACACGGCCCUGGGGCCCGCGGGAUCCGGAGCCGUCGGACGAAGCGCGCUAGUCUCGCGGCUCAUGGCAAACACUACAAAUCCCGCUUCCCCGGCCAGCUGGGACAACGUCGAGGCUUUGUACGACCCCUCACCCAGUGGGAACGUGCCUCGCGAAACCGUACCCUCGAGGACUGUUGACUCUGGGCCCUCUGCUAACCCGGUGCGGCGGUAUAGAGCGGCUUAUCUCAUGCGCGAAUGGGACGAAAACCCCACCCGGCGAACGCUUGGGUCCUACAUGACUGCGCAUUCGCGACCUGGGCCAAAUGACACGGCCGGUUUGUCGUGGAGCGAGAAUGGGCAUAGUCUGUUCGUGGGUGCCGAGAGCGGCAUUUACGAGUUCAGCGUCAAUCUGUUUGGUCGGAGGCUCUCUCCGACUAUCACUUUCAGUUAA